AUGAAUCCAAAAGAGCGUUUAAGCCGCGAGUUUUAUUUAACGUGUCCUUCCGCCACGGAAUGUAGUCCUUCCCUAAAGGGCAACCUGGCCGCGCGUUGGGUGCCGCGGUACUUCCUCCUGAAGGUGACUGCGCCCCGCGAGGAAGCGGAGGGGCGGGGCCCGGCAAGCCGGGAGCCAGGAUUGGGUGCGGGGCGGGGCGGCGGAGGGAUUGCGGCGGCUGCAGCAGGGAUAACCUUGGGGCUCAGCUUGCCGACUCCCGCACAGCAGCGCGAACGUCCAGGCCUUUCUGCAGCCGCACUGCAGCUCGAGCGGGACCGCGUCGGAGCUCUGCAGAGCAAACCUUACUCAGCUCCGAGCGAUCUUUGCAAGUGGGGCCAAGGAGCCACCCUGAGCCAAAAAAAGAGCAUUAUGUCACCGGAAGCCCAAGCCCAGAGAACACAAGCUCCUCUGGACCCAGGACCUCGAUGGGAGCGUGUAGAAUUUGAAGGAAAUAGGAAAGCUUUACAUUUUUUUUCAUUAGGCCCAGCUUCCCGUUCUGUGGACAUGUUGAAGGAGAUGAUUAAGUCUGGAAUGAAUGUGGCUCGUCUGAACUUCUCUCAUGGAACUCACGAGUACCACGCAGAGACCAUCAAGAAUGUGCGCGCGGCCACGGAAAGCUUUGCUUCCGACCCCAUUCGCUACCGGCCAGUGGCCGUGGCCCUGGACACCAAAGGACCUGAGAUCCGAACUGGGCUCAUCAAGGGCAGUGGCACCGCGGAGGUGGAGCUGAAGAAAGGAGCCACGCUCAAGAUCACCCUGGACAACGCCUACAUGGAAAAAUGUGACGAGAACAUCCUGUGGCUGGACUACAAGAACAUCUGCAAGGUGGUGGAAGUGGGCAGCAAGGUGUACGUGGAUGACGGGCUGAUCUCUCUGCUGGUGAAGGAGAAAGGUGCUGACUUCCUGGUGACGGAGGUGGAGAAUGGUGGCUCCCUGGGGAGCAAGAAGGGUGUGAACCUCCCUGGGGCUGCUGUGGACUUGCCUGCUGUGUCAGAAAAGGACAUCCAGGAUCUGAAAUUUGGGGUGGAGCAGGAUGUAGAUAUGGUGUUUGCGUCUUUCAUCCGCAAGGCAGCUGAUGUCCAUGAAGUGAGAAAGGUCCUGGGAGAGAAAGGAAAGAACAUCAAGAUAAUCAGCAAAAUCGAGAAUCACGAGGGAGUUCGGAGGUUUGAUGAAAUCCUGGAAGCCAGCGAUGGCAUCAUGGUGGCUCGUGGUGAUCUAGGCAUUGAGAUUCCUGCAGAGAAGGUCUUCCUUGCUCAGAAGAUGAUGAUUGGGCGGUGCAACCGAGCUGGGAAGCCUGUCAUCUGUGCGACGCAGAUGCUGGAGAGCAUGAUCAAGAAGCCCCGUCCCACCCGGGCCGAGGGCAGUGAUGUGGCCAACGCGGUCUUGGAUGGAGCCGACUGCAUCAUGCUCUCUGGAGAGACUGCCAAGGGGGACUACCCCCUGGAGGCUGUUCGCAUGCAGCACCUGAUUGCCCGUGAGGCAGAGGCCGCCAUCUACCACUUGCAAUUAUUUGAGGAACUCCGCCGCCUGGCGCCCAUUACCAGCGACCCCACCGAAGCCGCCGCCGUCGGCGCCGUGGAGGCCUCAUUCAAGUGCUGCAGUGGGGCCAUAAUCGUGCUCACCAAGUCUGGCAGGUCUGCUCACCAGGUGGCCAGAUAUCGCCCCCGUGCGCCCAUCAUUGCUGUGACCCGGAAUCACCAAACUGCCCGCCAGGCCCACCUGUACCGUGGCAUCUUCCCUGUGGUGUGUAAGGACCCAGUGCUGGAUGCCUGGGCUGAGGAUGUGGACCUUCGGGUGAACUUGGCCAUGAAUGUUGGCAAGGCCCGAGGCUUCUUCAAGAAGGGUGAUGUGGUCAUUGUGCUGACUGGGUGGCGCCCUGGCUCCGGCUUCACCAAUACCAUGCGUGUAGUGCCUGUGCCAUGAUAGGCCCCAAGAGCCCCUUCUCCAGCCCUGUCCCACCCCCUUCCCCCAACCCAUCCAUUAGGCCAGCAAUGCUUGUAGUGCUCAUCUGGGGUUGUAAUGUGGCACUGGUGGGCUGGGAUGCUAGGGAAGAAUAUUAAUGCCUCUGUGAAACAUGACUUUUUUUUUUUUUUAAGACCCUGUUUGGGUGGGGUAACCCAGAGCUGGGCUGCUCAUCAUGUGACCCCACCCAAGCCAGGGACGAAGGUAGGGUGCAGGACCGGAAGCCCUAGAGCUUUAACAGAGGGCAACGGCUCCUGCGUCUCCUUUUUGUGUACUCCAUUCAGUUCCUAUAGACAGUGGAUACCCAGACAGCUCCUACCCUUGGCCUGGCCUGGCAUCUAGAGACCGCCAGCAAGAGUUGUGGCAUAGGGCAGUGGUUCCAGUUUGAGGAGACUGGCCCAGGCCCUUCCUUGCUCCCCCACCCCUCCCAGUGUCCCCCCCACUCCCACCUUGUCGUGCACUGUGCAUUUGUGAUCCUACACUCCACUCAGCUGUUCUUGCUGGCAAACACUUCCCCCCCCCCCCCAUAUUCCCCACUACUGCAGCCACUUCCUGGCCUGUUGCUAUAGAGCCUACUGGUGUCAAUAAACAACAGCUGAAGCA